CGGAGGGAGGAGGAGGCGGGGGCGGAGUGCGCGCAUGCGCGGCGCCUGGGCUGACUCACUGCUCGCCCGCCGCCAUUUUGAGCUCGCUCGGCGCGGAGGGAAACGGCGAUCGCCGGCUCUGGGACAUGGACGACGACUCGUACCCGCGGACCCUCUAUGUGGGUAACCUCUCUAGAGAUGUGACAGAAGCCCUUAUACUUCAACUUUUUAGUCAGAUUGGUCCAUGCAAAAGUUGCAAAAUGAUUACAGAGCAAACCGCAAGCAGAAGGGUGAACUCUUCUGUUGGAUUUUCUGUUUUGCAGCAUUCAAGCAAUGAUCCAUAUUGCUUUGUGGAAUUCUUUGAGCAUAGAGAUGCAGCAGCUGCAUUGGCUGCAAUGAAUGGCCGUAAAAUAAUGGGUAAGGAAGUCAAAGUAAAUUGGGCAACAACACCAAGUAGCCAGAAAAAAGACACAACUAAUCAUUUUCAUGUGUUUGUGGGUGACUUAAGUCCAGAAAUAAGCACAGAGGAUCUAAAAUCUGCAUUUGCCCCUUUUGGUCGAAUAUCGGAUGCUCGCGUUGUAAAAGAUCUGGCAACGGGUAAAUCCAAAGGCUAUGGAUUUGUGUCAUUCUACAGUAAACUGGAUGCAGAAAAUGCGAUCGUCCACAUGGGAGGACAGUGGCUGGGAGGCCGGCAAAUUCGAACAAACUGGGCAACACGUAAACCACCAGCUCCGAAAAGUGCACCAGAGAAUGGUUCUAAGCAACUAAGAUUUGAAGAAGUAGUUGGUCAAUCCAGUCCUUCAAAUUGUACGGUUUACUGUGGAGGUAUAUCAUCAGGUCUAACAGAACAGCUUAUGCGUCAGACUUUCUCUCCAUUUGGACAAAUUAUGGAAAUCAGAGUUUUUCCUGAGAAAGGAUAUUCCUUUGUCAGGUUUGGCACACAUGAUAGUGCUGCUCAUGCUAUUGUGUCGGUCAAUGGAACUACUAUUGAAGGCCACGUAGUUAAAUGCUAUUGGGGUAAAGAAACUACUGAUACUACCAACAAGUAUCAACAGAUGGAAUUUGCUCAGCCCUGGGGUCAGUGGGGCCAGUGGUAUGGCAAUGCCCAGCAAUAUGGCCAGUAUGUAGCCAAUGGUUGGCAAGUGCCCCCUUACGGAAUGUAUGGCCAAACAUGGAAUCAACAAGGAUUUGGAGUAGACCAGCCUCCAUCUACAACUGCCUGGGUAGGUGGAUUUGGUGCUCAGCCACCCCAAGGACAGGGUACUGCUGUUAUACCUAAUCAGGCUGGCUUUGGAAUGGCAGGUUACCAGACACAGUGAGCGGGGACUCAUUCUGUUUACCUCAAGCAAAGAGGAGCCCAGAUUUUUCUAAUGACAUCAAUGUUCACUGACACCAUGAACAAAAUAUAGACUAUUUAUUUUAGAGCUGAAUAUUUUAAAAAAUUAUAUCGCAGCUGAGCUCAUGGUGGAGGAUGUGAAGUAUUUCCCAGUUCCUUUUUGCUCUGGGAUGGGGAGGGUCUGGGGAGGUGGGAAUAUAUAAUCUGUUAAUUGGUUUUUGAAGAGCGAAGUAAUCGAGAAUGAUGAAUUUAUUUUGAAAAUGAAGUGCUUUUCUGUCUGAAUUUAAAAAUAAAUGCAGUGUUAGUGGGAAAAUGUCAACAAGACUUUUGACAAUCUUUUUUAAUUUGAACAUUCCUCAAUAUUAAUUACAUACUGUUAUAAAGGGAUUUUUAAUGCGUUGUAUCCUAAAACCUAGCUUAAUAUUCAGUGACCACAAGAAAGGUGAAUUUCUCAUUGCCACAGACCGACUAGCUGUUGUUUUAUUGGAAAAUAUCUAAAUCUGGAAGUGCCAGUGCACUGACAAAGAUCAAGGUGCCUCAAGUUUACUUUCAACUUUCAGCUUUGAGUUGGUUCUGUAGCUUCAGCAUCUAACGCAUGGAAGAAGCAGCCGCUGGUGGAAGCAACAUUUAAAAAAACAAUGGGUUGCACUACACUCUAAACAUCAUCAGGAAACUAUAAAAGGGAGCACUGGCAAUAUUUGGACUGCUGGCAUCCCUUGCACUGUUUUGGUUAUUUCAGAGGUGUACUCUACAUACGUGCAUACAUCUGCGGAAAGGGGUUUAGAGUGUAGGUUACAUGUGUAAAUAUCUAUAUAAAGAACAUUUAAUACUGAUAAUUUUCAAAGCAUGUCCUCCUGUAUAGAUCUCACAAUUAACUACUUUGUUUCGAUUAGCUAUUAAAAGAUAAAAGUAAUUCAUUUGUACAGAACCCAUGUAGCCAGUUGCCCAGAAUAUGCAGUGUAUGGCUGUUUCAUAAGAGUAUGUUAAUAUAUCUUCCCUACUACAGUAACGUGGUAUGUAAAAUUAUACAAAGUAAACUUCAAACUGAAGCCUUAAAUUUUAUUUCUUCAUGCAACUUAGUGACAUAUAGAUUAGUUUCAGUGCUUUUUUUAGUUUUAAUUCUGUUGCUGUGCUUUGUUAAAACCAUUAAGAUUUUUGAAUCAUAAAAUUAACGCAAGGUUGAAUAUUUUCUUCAGGCUGUCUGCACUGGAGUGUUUUAAAUCUAAACUUAACAAUGUAAAAUGUAAAAUCAUGUCAAAACCAACUGUUUCAUUUUAACAGUAAGAUGUGCCAUUUGUUAAUUGCUGGUGCAGUGUAAAAAUCUGUACCAUUUAUAAAACUUAAUUUUAAGGAUAUUUUUGAGUGGUUGCAUGUUGGUGCGAUUCACUUUGUAAAAAAAAAAGGCUUGUUCAUUUGAGUGUUAGGUGUGGAAUGGGUGGAUUAUGAAUACAUGCAGAAAAUGACAAUGUUGUGUCUAGAUUACUUUGUUCUGUAUUUAAAAAUAAAAUGAUUUUAAAACAA